UUGAGAAAACAUAUUGCUACUGUGAUGCAGAUCCUCAACCUAUCCAAACACGAGAAAAAACAAUUUUCAAAUUUCAUGGGACACACCGAGAAAACCCACGAAGAAUUUUACGAACUACCUGUGGAUAUAUAUCAAACAGCAAAAGUAUCUAAAAUACUGUUAAUGAUGGAUAAGGGUACUCUUCCAGCAGAGUAUAAAGGAAAGUCCCUGUCUGAAAUAAACUUGAAUGUUGAUGCAGAACUAGUUGAGGAGAACGAGGUUGAAGAGCUUGAUUCAACCACGAAAUAUGCUUCGGUAUCUUCAGCUUUUCGCGGAGGUUUCAAAAAUCAAUCACAAGAAACAAUGAAGACGAACAAAAAUCACAGUGAUGAUGGAGUUGAUAAGAUGGAGGAAGACGGUAUAAUAUUGAAACGAAGUGAACAUAAGAAAGGAGAUGUAGAGAAGAGUCAUGAUGGAGAGUUAAGGAGUACUGCUUGCAGGAAAGCUUGGACAGAUGAGGAAAUUGAAGUACUCAAACGAGAAUUUGGUGACUAUAUCAAGAAAAAUAUAUAUCCAUCAGGGGCAGAAAUAAAAGAAUUUAUGGAAAAAUGGCGACUGAACAGAAGCGUAAAAAUAAUCAAAUCCAAAAUUCAACAUCUAAUUAAAUUGAGCAACAAAGUUUAUUAAUUACUCCUUGUAUCCAUAGGUCAAGAAUAUGACAGGAUUUAUGUUAUUUCUGCAAUAAAUAUUUGAAACAAU